GCGCAAGCUUCUAUAAGAUUCAGAUUCCAUAAGCUUUUAUAAGAUCAAUCAGUAUUUUGUCAAUGAUAAUAUGUUAUAUUUUAAAAUCGCGAUUCGAAGCAUUCGUUUGAUCUCUUCAAUUCCCCGCUUCUCUCGUUUCGCGAGUCGCCGUCGCCGUCGCCGUCAUCGCCGCAGAUUAUCGACCGUUCUAAACACGCCUUGUUUCAUGGCGGAUACGACCGGGCUGAUCGCGCGCGCGCGUCGGCAGCGCCGCCUCAGUGGAACUUUGGCCGCAGUCGCGAGUGUUUCGGCGGUACUCGGCACCGACCGAGGCGGUUAGGUGCGCGAUUAGGUGCGAGAUCGGAGUGCGAAGGAGUAACCGCAGACGCAGCUGCGUACGCGCGCGCGCGUACCGGUCGGUGUGUGUUUUUUUAUACAUAUGUGUUCGUGUACGUAGGUCCGUCCGUUCGCCGCGGUGGUGUGCAUGCGCGCAUGUACGUAUGCGUGGUGAUUCGCGCUCUUCGCCGACGAAGAGAGCGAGCUGUCCCUGUUGCUGCUGCUGGCUAGCUGCUGUUGCUGCUAUGCGUCCCUGCGACGGCUGGCGGCUCAUCGUGACUAUGUCGCGAAAAUAAUCGCGCCGGUCCUUCUCGCGAGUGUCUCUCUUUCUCUCUCUCUCUCUCUCUCUCUCUCUCUCUCUCUCUUUCUCUCUCUCGUACGCGCAUCCUCUUUCCUUCACGCACAUACACGCUCUCUCCGUUUCUUUCUCUUUCGCUCCCUGUCACUCCUCGUACCGGGACGACGUUCAUACCGUGCGUCACGGAAAACAGCGUUAGACGGAUAAGAGAGGUAGAAAAGGUGAUCGGGGUGUCCCCCGCGGAAUUCAUGGUGAAAGACGACAAGUGAAGUGAGCGGUGUCCGCGAAGUGUAAAAAGUGCGCGCGGUCACCGACGACGACGACGACGACAACGACGACGACGAUCAGCGAGGGGGAGUCGCGGUGGCGAGAACCGAUCCGCCGAGGGGACAGCCUCGCUUGCAGCUGGGCGCUGAGGAGGAGGGGAGGGGUGGGCGGCGGGAGACGGAACAACUGACGGAAAACGAGAACGGGCGGAAAGAUGCCGGGUCUGAUCGCCGUGAGCGAAUUCGUCGAGGAGACGAGGGAGGAUUACAACUCACCCACCACGUCCACUUUCGUCUCGCGAAUGCCACAGUGCAGGCAGACCAUCACAUCCCUGGAGGAGACCUUGGACUUCGAUAGGGAUGGUCUUACGAAGUUGAAAAAAGCUAUCAAGGCUAUCCACAACUCCGGAAACGCUCAUGUGGACAAUGAGGUGUACUUAGGAAGAGCAUUAGAGAGACUCGGCGAUGCUGCUUUGAAGGAACAGGAACCGGACAUAGGCGCGGCAUUUCUCAAAUUUGCAGUGGUCACGAAGGAACUGAGUGCCCUGAUGAAAACCCUGAUGCAAAACAUCAACAACAUCGUGAUGUUUCCAUUGGAUUCGGUGCUGAAGGGUGAUCUUAGAGGCGUGAAGGGGGACUUAAAGAGGCCCUUCGAGAAAGCCUGGAAGGACUACGAAGCCAAAUACGCGAAAAUCGAAAAGGAGAAGAAACAGCACGCGAAGGAAGCCGGACUUAUUCGUACCGAAGUCACACCCGCCGAAAUUGCAGACGAGAUGGAGAAGGAGAGACGGUUAUUUCAGUUGCAAAUGUGCGAGUAUCUGAUCAAAGUGAACGAGAUCAAAACGAAGAAGGGCAUCGAGUUGUUGCAGCAUCUAGUCGAAUAUUAUCACGCGCAAACAAAUUAUUUUCAGGAUGGCUUAAAGACUAUUGAACAUUUCGGUUCAUAUGUGGCCGACCUUAGUGUGAAGUUGCAAAAAAUUAGGCAGACACAGGACGAGGAACGAAGACGAUUAACGGAACUUAGAAGUCUUCUUAGAAGCUCCGGAUGUGACAAAGAGCUGAAUUCAAAUGCGAACGCGGGUUACUCGCUACACCAGCUGCAGGGCGAUAAGCAGCACGGCGUCACCCGUUCUGGCCACCUGCUGAAGAAGAGCGAGGGCAAGAUGAGGCGAGUUUGGCAGAAGAGGAGAUGCGCCGUGCAGGCGGAAGGCUAUCUCGAUAUCUGCCACGCGGACGAGAACAAGCCACCCACCAGGGUGAACCUAUUAACCUGCCAGAUUAAAUUAGUACCGGACGACAAGCGAGGCUUCGAUCUCAUAAGUUACAAUAGGACGUAUCACUUUCAAGCGGAGGACGAGGCGGAUCAGCGCGCGUGGAUGUCGGUUCUAGUGAAUUGUAAGGAACGUGCUCUGUUGCGAGCAUUCGACGCAAGCGGCAAGGCGGAGGCCGGCAGCGGCAAUCCCAGCCUUGUAGAGCUGCAACAGGCUGUUAUACGAUGCGUUAUGCGGUUACCCGGAAACGAUCAGUGCUGCGAUUGCUCCUCGCAAAACGACGCCACGUGGCUGUCGACGAACUUCGGCAUAAUAGUCUGCAUAGAGUGCAGCGGCAUCCACCGGGACUUGGGUGUACACAUAUCGCGGAUACAAUCCCUAACGUUGGACAACGUCGGCACCGCUCAGCUGUUGCUCGCGCGACACAUGACCAAUCAGGCGUUCAACGAAGUGAUGGAGGCGACGUUGCGUCACAAUCUCAAGCCGUCGCCGACGUCGACGAUGGAAGAAAGAUAUGAGUUCAUACGCGCCAAGUAUGUGGACAAGAGAUACGUGAUGAACACAUGUGCGGAUGAGCGUGAUCUACUUUCUGAUUUGGAGCAUGCCGUUAAUAACCGCGAUCUGCAGCAACUUCUACAAGUUUAUGCUGAAAAUGUGGAUUUGGCUGCACCGUUGCCAACAUCGGAUGUUGGCGAAACUGCGUUACAUUUGGCCAUUCUACGUGAGAUGGGUAGCAGCCUGCAUAUUGUAGAUUUUCUAGUGCAGAAUAUGCCAAGUGGCGGUAUCGACAGGACAACAAUCGAUGGUGAAACAGCACUUCAUCUCUCCGCGCGGCACGACAGAGCAGAAGCAAUGAAACUACUUUUACGAGCUGGUGCAGAUCCUUCACAACGAAACAAGCAAGAUAAGACACCGUUGGACAUAGCACAAGAAAUGGGACACCACACAUGCAAAGAACUGCUCAGUCAUGCUCUUCAAAGGCAGAAAACGUUGUUUGAUAAUGUGAAUAUUGAUUGGAAUCUUUCUCACGACGAAGGUUCCACAGAUUUCUCUGACGAUGAAACAAUAAUUGAAGACAGAAACGGAUGUCUAACUCCUGAGAAAAAGUCACGUAGUAGACCACCAUCAUAUGCCGGAGGUAGUGGUACGGGAUCAGGUGAUUCACCAGUGACAUUACGUAGUCGGAGUAGCACUUGUGACAGCCUACAGAGUGGAUCAUCUCCAAGCGCUUCGACGAAUCGUCAACAAAUGCCUCCACCGCCGCCACCGCAAGCGAGAAAGCCUGUAGCUGUACCCACUCCCAUGGCGCCGGACAUUUCAAUGAACAUCCACGGCUCGCUGAAGAAGCGAGUUGCGCCACCGCCGCCGCCUGCUGGGAACGCCGUCGGAAGCGGCGUUGUCCUGCCAUCGUCGCACUACGGUACGCUACCCACGUCGGCUACGUUGGCUACGUCGACGCACAGUCGUACGACCAGCGAGCCGAUUUUAGCUGGCCACACUUUACACACUCUACCGCAUACGUUGAAUACAUUAAAUAGCCAACAUCAUAAGAGAUCACCGAGCGGCGACUCGUCGACCGGACACGGUAUGGACAAGACAAACAGCUCGACAUUGCAGAGACCACGAAAUCCGCCGCCUCCAGCUCCAUCCAGUAUCACAACCAGAUUAAGCAACGGACGUAGUAGUGAGUCUUUGAGCUCUAUGUGUUCGGAUCAUGGUUUGGGCAAUCCUAUCCCACCACCGCGAAAGCGAAGGGACCGAUCCAGGCUAGAGAGCUACGCCGAAGAGCCUUCAUCUUUGCUCCCAAAUCUGAAUCUGCCAACGUCAUCGACUUUGAGUGGCUUGCGACGCUGUCGUGCCCUGUACGACUGCGAGGCCGACAACGAGGACGAAUUGUCAUUCCGCGAGGGCGAGGUCAUCAUCGUGACAAAUGAGCAGACCGAUGAUGACAACUGGAUGGAAGGAGCGCUGGAACGGGCACCAGAGCGACGAGGCAUGUUCCCGAUUAGCUUCGUGCACAUGCUACAGGAUUAACAUUCGGUAAGCCUGAACUCGUUGGCGAGCGUCACCAGCACUGCCAGUUCGAUGAGCGUCGCCAGCCUCGGCCGUAGAAGCUGGCUGAGAAAACCGAAGGAGUAAACACAUUCAAGUCAUCUCUUUCCGUCGUUUCUUCAAAAUUCUGAGACAUCCAUAAGUUUGAGGGAAGAAAUAAUGGAUGUUGACGAGCGCCAUCACCGAGAGUAAACAAAUUUUUCUAGUUUUUGAUUUUCUAGUUUUUCAUAUUCUAACAAAAUUAGUAUUCGUAAGAUGGAAUAAGAAAUGCAUCAAUAGGAGCAAUUUUGCACUUACAAAUGGAGUAAAAUUAGAAAAUCAAACGCAAUAUAAAUUUUCAUCUUUUCCUCUUUUUUUAAAAGAACGCAAAACAAAUUUACAUAUAAUUCUGAGACGAAAGUUUUUUGGUUUUACUCUGUAGAAAGUUAUUACUUUAUAGAAAAAUUUAUUUAUCUGUAAAUAAAAGUUAUAUUCUCA